ACUUUUUUCCACGGUCAACUUCCUUCAUAAUUUGAAACUUGCAAAAAAUCUCAAAUUACUAACAAAAUCAGGAUGCAAAUAGGGAGUUUAGCUGUUAAUUUUUGGGUUUUUAACAGGUUUUAAAUUACGGAAAGUGUUGACUACGAGUGAAAAUCUUGAGGGUGUUGGCUGCAGGGAAAAAAUAAUAUAUAGGGUGCAAAUAGAGUGUUUGGCUUUUUUAUAUUCGGUUCCUGAAACAAGUUGCCUUUAUAUGAGUGGACAUUAUUUAGUUAAACUAGAAUUUUAUUGUCAUCUGAUUCAAUCUAUGGAGGAAAAGAUAGCAGAGUCAAACUGUUACAAGAUCAAGAGUUAACUGGAAGGUGGGAUUUGCCUUGAUUUUUUGAGCAUACAUUGAACACCUUGUUCGUGUGUUGUAUAACCUUAAAGUGAUAUAGCCAAUGAAAAAAACCUUUUGAGUGAUGAAGCUAGAAGCAUUUUUUUUCUUCUGAUUCAGUGUUUUUCUAGGUCAGAUUGACUCUCCUGGUUAUGAUGGUCUGACCUCAUGACAUUGAGUGAACGCAGUUGAAAGACAAAGGUGCACGGUGUCAAUUUGGAAACAAAUUUUGUAUUGGAAAAAUGGAGAUUAAGGUGUGUGCUUAUCUCUCUGUGUGCACUGUUUUUAGAUCAUCAAAUCAGAAUCUCAUUAAGUUGAAUCCCUUGAGAAAGUUGGGCUGCUCAAGAUCUAGAACUCAAGUAGUGGUUCUUUCAUAAUUUAUUACAGUCGGAUUUAACUCGCGUUUCGAACAUUGUUCGGAUCACCCUAACAUUCGGCCAACCCCAGCAGUGCUGCUAAAAGAGCGGACAUGAAAUCGGCUUUGGAAUUUCUUCACUACGAAGGAGCGGUGCAAAGUUAUGCUAAUUUUCGUGACUGCUGAAACUUCUGAGGAACUUCAAUAAUGGAGGCUCUAACAUGUCUUUUUCGUUUCCAGCUUUAAUAACGGAGUCUCUGACAUGAAGUUAUAGAAACUUUCUUCAGCAUGUUUUCCAAGACUUCUGUUUUCUUAUUAUUAUAUACGAGGUGUUUACACGAUUUUAUGUAGUUUUUAUUUUUUUUAUUUUUUUAUUUUUUUGCAAAAACUAGUGUUAAGCGCUUAGAAUUUUUCCCAUAUCUUCACAUAAGUCUUCAAAAAAAAAAAAAAGUGACAUGUCAUCCCCCCUAAACAUUUGGAUUCGAGCAAAGUGGCUCUUAUACUUGGGCAAAUUACAUGUAAUCGCAUAAAUUAAAUUAUUUUUAUUUUAUAUAGUAAUUUAUUUAUAUUUAGGUAUUUUUUUUGUACAUCUGAUGAUGAGAUAUAGAAGAAAGGAUAGUCCUUUCA